UCAUCCAGGUGUGUUUUCAUUACACAGAAGAAAGGGAAGUGUUGACACGAAAGUAGUGUAGUAAAAUGUGUCGGUAACUAAAGGACUAUUAAACGCCUGUGAUCAUAUAGUUUUAGAUUUUAUAAACAUUUUAUUUGUGUUGCAUUUUUUGUUCAUUAUGACAUUUAUAAAAUCCGUGUUCUUUUUCGCGCUGGUCGCGAGCUGUUUGAGUGAAGAUGCUCAAAUUCAGAAUAAGACCAUCACAGAUACUAGUUCAAAGGACAGCACAGAUGAAGACUCAGCUCUUCAGAAGGGCAUGAGUCCUAUUUUCGAUAUGUACCACAAUUUCCUUGAUGUAGUGAUGUCACAAAAUUUUUACGAUGCCAAAAGUGCAGCUUUUAAUGUACAUACAUUGAUAAACAUCACCAAGAACAAUGAUUACGGUCAGAUACAAUCAAAGUGGCAAGAUUUAGUGUCAACAUUUGGAGGUUACGCAGGAUGCAUCAUUGUUGGUCUGUUGUUUAUUGUGUUUAUGCCAAUAGUAGGUAUGAUCUACUGUUGCUGUCACUGUUGCUGCAACAAAUGUGGCGGCACAAAAGAGAUGAUGGACCCCCCACGUGCUUCCUGUAAGAGGUGGACAUACACAGUUCUUCUGCUUAUAUUCGCAACUCUUAUGUUAGCUGGUGGUAUAGUCACUUUCCUUGGAUCAGAGUUACUUCACAAAUCACUGAGGAAUGAUGAUGGCAAAGGUCUUGUUGGCAAAAUGGACGAUAGCCUUGGACAUCUCGAGAAAUUCACAAGUGACACAAUCAAUGACAUUGUACAUGAAGCUAGGGAAAAGAUUAUUAACACUGGACUUCCAAAGAUUUUUUCACAUAUCAAAGAUGCAGCUAAUACUACAGUUAAAAAAGUGAAGGACAGUAUCAAUGCAACAGAUCUUUUAAUGAAGGCUGGCAACCUUGGAAAUGCUGCAACUGAAGUUUUAGAUGGACUUAAAGAAGUGAACAAACAAGUAACAAAACUUAAAGGCCUGCAAAACACUGUUUCUACCACCUUGACUAUCACCAGGAAUAAAUUAAGUGGUGUACCAGGUGAAGAUAAAGUCGACAGUUUAAAGUUUCAGCCAAACUUCACUGCACUGAACACUCAAGAUCAAAGGAUAUCAAACUUAACAAAUGCUGUAAACAUAAGUUCAUUAGUGGAUAAGGCUGAAAAGGAGUUUGAUAAUGUAUCAAAGGAAGUGGAUAAGAACGUAGAAGCUGAAAUAAAUAAGGCACAAACUCAGGUGGAUGACAUGAAUAGAACAAUUAGCAAAAACAUUGGUGAAAUCAAUGACACAACACAACCUUUCUUGAAAAGUGUGAAUGAGGGGAGAACAUUUGCCAACGAUGAGACGGAUACAUUCAAACAGAUGGCAGAUUACAUAUGGUACAGCUGUAUAGGUCUGGGCUGUGCUGUUAUACUGGUUGUGUUCUUUUACUAUAUGGGUGUGUUGUUUGGCCUUUGUGGCGAGAGGCCAGGCCCUAGAGCUGCAUGCUGUAACCGUGAAACAGGAGCACAUCUUCUCUGCACGGGUAUUUGCUGCUCAUUUUUGUUUGCCUGGAUUCUCAUGCUGUUUGUUGUUCUCCUGUUUGCAGUGGGUGGUCUCAGUUACUCCAUGGCCUGUAAAUAUGUUCAUAAUGGGAUAGAAAAUGUAGAUACUUUUGAAGAUGUGUUGUCAGAGGGAUUCAGUUGGAAUGUUUCUGCAUCGUUUGGAGUGAAAAACCUCACUAUAGCCAAAAUGUUUAAGAACUGUAAAGAUGAUAUGAGUAUUUAUCAAGCAUUGCACCUGCAGUAUUUAUUUGACAUUGACAAACAAUUCAACAUUAGUGAUAUUGAAGCUGAAGUAAACAAGAUGACAGAUGACAAGAGUUUUACUAUUCCUGACAUAAAAUUGAUGUCUGAUGGUCUGAGGGGCCAGUUAACCAAGUUUAAAGAUGCGUCGGUGACGGACAUCAAUUUUACAGAAUAUACCACUGAGUUGGACAAAAAACUGUUUGGUGGAGACAAUGACCUGAAAGAUAUCGUUAAUGACCUGUAUAAAGCUGCCAAUCUUACCACUGAUCCAGAUGCAACUAAUCUGAGAGGUGCAGCUGAUGAUUUAGAGCGUUUGAGGCUAAAUCAGAUAAAAGAGAUAGAAAAUACAACAACCAAUUUAUCCAAAACAAUAAAAUCUUUAGAAAGUAAAAUCAAGGAUUCUGUACCAAACAGUAUCGAUGAGUUAACUGACAGCAUUACUAAAUCAGAGAACAACUUUAACGCAAAUAAGACAGGAUUUGUGAAUCAGGGGUUGCAAAAUGCAGUGAAAAGUAUACUGGCUAUUAUUGGAGAAACAGUGAACUCAACAAAAAGUUUUAUUAAAUACGACGUUGGAAAGUGCCGUCCCCUAUAUGAUGCUGCACAGAGUGUUGUUGAUGCAGUAUGCGUUGUAACUCUUGAUCCGCUGAAUGCCAUAUGGUUCGGUCUUGGAUGGAGUUUAUUCUUUUUCAUUCCAUGUUUCAUUUUUGCUGCCUUACUCUCAAAUCUUUACAAGCGAACAGAGAAAUAUAGGAAGAAAUUAGACCGUGGAUUUGAUGAUCCGAUACAAUCGCAGUACCCAAACAGCUACGAAGGUUUACGUGGCAAUAGAGGUUACGAGGAUAACGUGCCACUUACAAAUAUGGGAAAGGAUCAUCGCUAUAGCGGGAACGGAGCAUACAAUCCUGGUUAUCAAGGUAGAGAUUUUGAGCACGAACCCCGGUAUCAUAGGGACGAACCCUCUGGUUACCCACCUGACAACUACUCCCGUGAUCGUGGGGUUCAUCGUGGUAGUGCUGGGUCUCACUAUGCCCAACCCCAUGCUGAUCCCUACGAUCAGCCACCACAUUAUGAUGAUGCCGUGUCCGAGCGUUACGAUCGGGUGUCACGUCACGGUGGGUAUCCUAGAUUGACAAACUACUAACACUUGCAUGGCGGAUGGGUGGAGAUAGAGUUGGGUAUUAGAUAACAAUCAACCAAUGACAAAGCUUCAUACAUAAUCAGGUCGACCAAUGAGAUGCAACUUUAUAGAAAAACAAACUUUCGUCCAAUCAAAUAGAUUGUUACAAACUGAUACUGGAGUAACAGACAUUCAAUCUAGAAAGUGAUUCAACAGCCAUCAUACAAAAGAAAUGCUGAUUUUCAAAUUAUAUAUGAUAUUAUAUAAAUGAUUACAUAAUGCCUUUAUUUAACUUACAAUAGGUUUUAAUAACACAGGGAGAAUUAUCAAAUUUUAUUGUAUUCUUCCAUCAUGUUUUUAAGUUAAGUUUAAAUUGUUCAUUUUAAACAUAAAAUGCAAGACAGUGUUUUAUACAGUUUUUAUGAAAAUUUAAAUGUACAUUAUUUUCCCAUUCCAACUAUACACCUAUUCCUCCAACAAAUUGUCCAUUCUGUCUUUCCAGACAAACAUGUAAUGAUGUAACUUUUCACGUUUCAUGUAAGUUCAAAUUUUUUUCGCUAAAAAUGUAGUAUAACAACAUGUUAUCAUAUAAGUGUUUUCAUUUAUUUAAACCAAAUAUAUAAUAGAGGUUUAGAAUUAUUUUAUUUUAGAUGAGUGAUCCAUUUUCACGUCCCAAAGAAAGACAUAAUAGUAAACCACACUAAUUGCUGUGUGGUGACAUUAGUUUCUGUCUUUCAUUGUUAUAUAUACACAUUAUAACCAAGUUCUUUUAUGUUCAGUUGAAAUUAAUACAGACAGUUCUCAGGUGUUUGUUACAAGUGAACUAUUAUAUAUAAAAUUGUGACUAUUUCAUAAAAUGUUUUUGGUUAUUUCUGUGACAGUGACCUUUGGUUAAGUUUAUUGCUGUACCCUUGUUACAUUUGAGGCUUUAUGUUUGUGACAGUUCUGGGGCCUUAAACAAUUUACUUGUAAUUCAAUUAUGAUAUACUGGAGAAAAGUUAAUUUUAGGUGUCAAACAGUAAGGGGGGAAUUUUCUAGACAGGGUUUUAUAGUAAAAUUCACAUUUUUUGUGAAUUUAGAUUGUUGAAUUAGUAUGUUUUAAACGAAAAUAGUAACUAAUAAUUUAAAAUUAAAAUGAAGGUCAAAAAUCUUCAGAACAUACAAUGUAUUUUUUAUUAUGAAAUGAUUUGAACAUGUGUGAUUUUCUUGUUAUUUUUGAAAAUAGGAAGAAGUUAUUUUUGUUGAUUCCAUAAAUUAUUUGAGCCGUGUCAUGACAAUACCAACGUAAUGCUGGUCGCAAAUGCACAAUUUUGGUUUUGUCAUGAUGCGGCUCAUUUCAUCUAGAUUCACUCAUGAAAGAAGUAUGUAACAAUUCUCUUGGUGCUUUUCAGUUUGUAUAUGCUUAAAGCAUUGUCUACCCAUUACAAUGCUGGGAACCAAAAUUGCAAAGCCUGUGUCAAUCACCAGUAUUACACCAGGCCAGUCUACACAAUGAGGCUAUAUUAUUUACUGCUCAACUUUCAAAUUUCAAUCAUGAUAUCAUUUAGAAUUGUUAAUAGAACCGUUCUUACUCUGUGUCUUUAAGAGGCAACUGAUGAUUCUACCCAUGCAACUUUUGCAGACUAAGAUCGUCCAGUUCAUCCAUGCCAUCCAUGGUCUGCACUCAGCACAUUUGUACCAUCUGAUAAUGGUCUGCACUGUUCAACUAUUCAUUCAAAACAUCUCCAAAUGCAUUCUAUUUUUAAGAAAAUUAAAGUUUUUGUAAUAAAAGCAUAAUAAAGUGAAAAGAUGUUAAAAAAAUAUGGCUUAUCCAACUUUAGUUCACAAAAAAUACAUGGACUUAACUGGAGGCGUGCUGCUUUAAGUGCAAAUGAAGUGCACUUCUAUACAGUAAUACUCAGUUUUCAGUAGCCAAAAUCUGUAUAACUAAAUAUACAUGUAGUUUUUAACUUACCAUUUUACUAAUUUUUUUAUUCUUUUGUUUCUUAAAAUUAUAAAAUUCAUUUUUCUUGUGUAAAAUGUUUGUAAUUUUUUUAUUUGUCAGUGACCAAAAGUACAUACUUAUUUUUGAAUUCAGUUGCAAUUUAACUGAUAAUGACUUCAUGAAUUUGAUGUUUUAAAAAUUCGUAUGACAUUUUAAACUUUUAUGUGUUAAAAAUUGCUGUACAUGUAAAUGUCAAAAUGAAUAUGUCAAAUUAUUUUUGUGUACUUUUUCAAUGAAUAAUGUUAUGUGAAAUUAUACAUGUUGUUGUGGGCAAGUUUUAAAUUUUGUUUCGAUGUGAAAUCUUUGGUGUUUUGUUUCAUGCUGAUAAAUGUGUUUUAUCAAUAUCAUAUGAAUUAAGUAAGUUAGAGUUGUAGCAUCAUGAAAUCCAGUAAAGUGCCGUUAAACAUUGGCUCAGUAUUGUCUAUUUUAUGUUUGAUUUGGUGGGAUUUUUCUUAUGUGUAAUAUAUUAUUUAAGCUAACAUUACAAUAUCUUUUAAAUAAGGUUAAUUUAAAUUCUUACAUUUUAAUGCCCUUUGUUGAAAAUAUAUUCCAAUGUCAACAGCACAGAGUCGGUCCAGCAUUCAGUUUGGUAAUGACUGACCAGUCUAUUCUUUUUCAGUCAAAUUUUAAAAUUUUUACAGAGCUACCUUAAACUACAAAUGGACUGUUCCAAAUUCAAAGCAGGACAAGUCCAUUAUAUAUAUAUUGAGCAGGAAAAGCUAUAGAUUGUACAUAAGUUUGUACCAGUAGAACCAUUUGAAAUGAUCUACAGUAUGAUAGUAUAGGUAAUUAUAAUUCUAAAAAUAAACAAUGACACAGUCAUGCAUAGUAAAUCAAAACGUUUUAGGUACCUGAUCUUGCCAAAUUUAUAAUGUUAUUUUGUUUAUUUAUAAUUUAAUUCCAUUCAGAGCUUCCUUCUGUCAGUCAGUUAGUUUUCAGUGGAAACCCUCCUGUUCUUUUUAUAGAAAUUUAUCAAAAUAUGAUAAUUUUGAAAUUUUUGAAAUAGACUGUAGAAAUAUAAUUCAGAAGUUUCUUUUUAUUUGUUAACUUUGAGAAAUGUGUUGUCUUAGAAACAGACUAAAAUUUUGAAAUGUGUAGUCAGUCUAUUUAUAUAGAACUUUGUCAAAUAUGUUUUCAAACCUAAUGUGCCGACAUAAUAUUUAUAGAGUUUCUGUCUAAAGGUCUAUAUGUAUAUAAGACCUACAUUUUUGUGUUUUCAUUUUUAAAGUCAUUUUAUCACCUUAGAUCUAUCCAAACACUCUUGCAUAAUGUUCAUAUUUCCAACUCGCAUCUUUCAUUUUUCGUUGAUUUAUGUUUUAUUGAUAAGUUUUUUAUUUCUUUGCCUUAUUAUUAUAUAAAGAUUUAUUUACAGAGCACAAUUCCAUCAGCAUGUCUCAUUUAUGUAUUUAUCUUAACUAUUGAAAAUAUUACCUGUAUUUCAGGUAAACUAUGAUUUCUGUUUCAAUGGGAAAAAUAUAAAUGAGCCGCGUCAUGACAAAAUCAACAUAAAAGGUUUGCGACCAACAUGGAUCCAGACCAGCCUGCGCAUCCGGGCAGUCUGAUCAGGAUCCAUGCUGUUCGCUUACAAACCCUAUAACAAGUAAAGAAACUGAUAGCGAACAGCAUGGAUCCUGAUCAGACUGCGCGGAUGCGCAGGCUGGUCUGCAUCCAUGCUGGUUGCCAACCCAUUAUGUUGGUUUUGUCAUGGCACGGCUCAAAUGUUUUAUUAUUGAUUUUGUUUAAUCAAGGAGCAAAAGUGUUAAAACACAGACUUAAAUUGACAGUCCUUGGUUAAAUGGUUAAAACAAACAUUUUUGAGUCCCCAAGAUGAGACAAAAUAGUUAUUUCACAAGUCAGUUAAAUUAUAAAGUUUGAAAUUUUAAGUUUUUCCAUACUUUUCAAACUUACUCUUUCCAAAUGAUGCACAAUUCUUAGAAUGCAACAAGAACUGAAAUUUGACAGCCUGUUAAUAUGUUAUGUCAUUUUUCGUUUUUCUGUAAAGAAAGUAAUUCUGAUUUUAGCACCAGUCUCAAGUCAAUCUAACCUGCACAGCUAUACAGUCUGACCAGGCUCUAUACUAUUUGAUAAUCAUCUGGGUUUUGUUUAAAAUCAACAAUAAGACGAUGCCAAAACAACAAACUGGACGAGUCCUUUUAAAAAAUUCAGCAGGACUGGGUUUGAUGUGUUCAAUAUGUUAUCUAUUCCAUUUGUUGUUAUUCUUGCUGUUGUAUUUGAUUAUUUUUUUGUCACUGUAUGAAAUACUGAGUGCAUUUAUUUGUGUAAACUUAAGCUUUAACAAAUUUUCACCCAAAAAAAUUGAAAUUGUGUGAUCUUUUCUUGUACAUGUUUUUUUUUUUUUUUGUUUUUUUUUUUUUAAUAAGAAUUUAUUAUCAUAUUAUCUACAUAUCUUGUACAUGUUUUCAUCGUAAGUUUUCAGCAUUUCACUAAUACUAGUUUGAUCAGGCCUGGAGGUUAUAAAUCACUUCACUCCGAUCAGUCAAAGAUCUAAGGAGUUUGAUUGGCGAAUGAAAAUUUUUUGUCAAAUACAUGAGAUCUCUUAUAGCCUGCGCUACUCUGGUUUAGAUUACGACAAUAGCCACAAAAUGUAUAUUUAUUCAUUGACUUUAAAACUUGGUUUAAGUUAGAUGUGUUGAAAAAGAAAAACAUGAAUACUUGUAAAAAAUCAUGGAACUACAGGUUUGCUAGGAUUUUAAUUGUGUAGAAGUUUCAGUCCCUAACUUUGUUUUGAAAAAUGUUUUCAAAAAUAAGUUCAUAGAAAACAAAGGGUGUAGAUAUAUCUUAAUAAAUUAUACAGAGUAAACUUUAAAAAAGGGGACAUUCGAUUGGUUUUAUACCUGCAUUUCUUUAUUUAAUAAAAGAGUACCACUGUCAAUUAACAAACAGAAAUAAUACUCGUGAACAGAGUUAAAUAUUCCCUAGCAAAAUAUUUUGUUGCUAUUUUUAGCAGGGUUUAUUCAAGAUUUUGCACUUUCACAGAAAUUUAUUAUCGUCAUUGUUAUUAUUAAGAUUUAUUGAUCAAAUGAUGAUUAAUGAUGAUAAGCUUAGAACAUGUGACUUUUUUCUGCAAAUUACAAAUAAGUAAAUUGCUUUAUACGUUUUUAAGUGCAACCAACUUUAUUUCAGAUUUUAAUUCACUUUAUGUACAUUUUUUACUACCCAGACUUGUAUUCAACCAUUCAUUAAAUUUACUGAUAUUUUGGUUUUAUACAAUAUUAUUUUGCUUUUUCAGCUUUCAAUAGUUAUUGCUGGCAGUAACAAAAAUCAGGUUUAAUGAUGAUUAGCUUAGAUUGUAAAAUGUUAACAUUUAAGACGUAAUGUACUGGGAAAAUGUACAGGAACAUUGAUAAUAUAUGAAUUAUUUGUAUCAUAAUAUAUUUUUUAAUUAGUUUUUAGAAUAUAUAUAAUUUCAUUAUUUUUACUCUGUAUCUUAAACUACAUGAAUUGAGGAGUAAACAAGACAUGUCUUAAAUAUUAAUCAGUGUAGGAUUUCAUAUUUACUGCGUUAUCUUAGUUAUUAUUUCAUCAACGAUUCCAGGAAAUUCUGUGAUCUUUUAGAAGAUGAAAGUCUAUUUUCUACUUCUCAGGAAUUUAUUUUGCUGAAACAUUCCAACUAUAGGUAGUCUUAAAACUUGAGAAUCCCAGUUUUUAUUAUCAUUAGAUUUUUAAAUAAUAAUUACACAAUAUUUUUCACUUUCACCACCAAGCCUUAAAGCAUUAUAUUUUUAAAUGUAUAAAUAUUGUAUCAAAUCAUCAUUGUAGCAUUUUGUAUGAACUAUUCAAAGUUAAUCAUGUCUAGAACUUUUUCAUUGAUGUAUCACAUAAGAAAAGAUAUAAUUUGUGUUUGAACCAUUUUUAUUUAGAACAAAAAUUGUUUCAAGAGAACUGAUCAGAAAUUUAUUGUCAAAGCAAUUGGAAAAAGGAAAUUUUUUAUAUUUCAAUUUGGUAAAAUAGCUUUGCUUAGGCAAAUGGUCAGAUAAUUUUCCUUUUAAAAUUGUCUAAACCAGUAUUAUUUGAAAAUGAAUAUUUAAUGUUUAGAAUCAUUUCAAAAAACUACAUUGUAAGAAAACUACACAAAACAGUUUAUCAUUUUGAUGAAGCAUUUAAUUAAUUUCAACAUUUUUAAUGAAAUCAAAUGCUUUUAAUUUUUUUAAACAAUUGUUGCCAAUUUUUAUUAAAAGGAAUUUUUACUAUGUUGUACAUUCAUCAUGCAUGUCGUUAGGAUAAAAAAUACACAAACAUGAGAUAGUGUGCAAUAUCUAAAUUCUUUGCAUAUAGAAAGGUGUAUUUAAUGUUGAUAUGAUUUGUGCGUUAUAUUGUAUGAAUGUGUUGUUGUAGUAAUAUCUUUAUUAUUCAAGAUGGACUUUAACCCUUGACCUGCUGGAAUUAAAAGUGUUUGUGUCCUUUGGUACCAGUAAAAGGCCAGGCCAGCCUGAACAUACACAGUCUGACGAGGCUUUAUACUGGUGGCAGACGCAAUUUUAAAUUUUCAUCUUGAUAUCCCCAAAAUUGAUAAUGGACAGGUCCAAAAUUGUAAACUGGACAAGUCCAUUUAAGAAAUUCAGCAGAAGUCCAUUUUAGAAAUUCAGCAGGUGAAAGGUUAAGUGAAAUUCUUACAUUCUUAAGUUUUUGUAUUGACAAACAUAUCAGGAUAUAUGUGUGCCUUAUAUUUUUAACCUUACAUUUUAUUUCCUGUUCAGAAAAUACUUUUAACAUUUUUUAACAGCAGUUUUAUUAUGGAAACACUACUGGCUACAUGAAAUGUUUUUUUUUUAUCAUUUCAGGCCAACAUUUUUUUAAUUACAACAUGUUUUUAUAACUUACUUUAUUAAAAUGCAAUUUUGAAAUGCAUUUACCAUUUGUUUUUCAUCAUAUGAUGUAUAAAUUGUUUAUUUCAAAGUUGCUAGUCUUAAAAAUGUUAUGCCAAAGUUUAAUUAAAAUUAAUCUAAAUUAAAUAGGAGAAUAUUUUACAUUGAACUGUAAUACCACUUAGUAAAAUGCUACCAAAUAUUUUCCAGUUAAGGUUUUUACUAUACAAAUAAUGAAUUAUAUUUUAGUUAUUGUUGUAAAUAUGUUUUCAUGAUACAGUUUUGCACACACUUGUGAUCAGAUUCAUAAAAAGAUCAAGAAAAUGUU